UCAGCUUAUCACCACAGAAAGAAAUGUCGGCUUCUGCAGCGCCCACGCACGUCCGCUUCUCCUCCGCCGCACUUGCACUCGCCGCUCUCCGCCGGCCCCGCCGCCGGUGCGCUCCGUCCGUCCGAUGCUCCCUCGCCGCAGCUCCCGGUCUCCGGGCGCCGCCGGAGCUCAUCGACUCCAUCCUCGCCAAGGUGAAUGGAACUGACCGUGGAGUUCUGCUGCCCAAAGAUGGGCAUCAGGAAGUUGCUGAUGUCGCACUGCAGUUGGGGAAGUAUUGCAUAGAUGAUCCUGUCAAAUCUCCACUAAUAUUUGGAGAGUGGGAGGUUGUGUACUGCUCGGUACCGACAUCACCGGGAGGGCUUUACCGGACUCCUCUGGGCCGCCUGAUAUUCAAAACCGAUGAGAUGGUUCAGGUGGUGGAGGCUCCUGAUGUUAUCAGGAACAAGGUGUCCUUCUCCGUCUUAGGUUUCGAUGGCGCGGUAUCUCUGAAAGGCAAGCUGAAUGUGCUGGAUGGUAAGUGGAUUCAGGUCAUAUUUGAGCCGCCGGAAGUGAAGGUAGGUUCCCUGGGGUUCCAGUAUGGCGGCGAGAGCGAAGUUAAGCUGGAGAUCACCUAUGUCGACGAGAAGAUCAGGCUAGGGAAAGGAUCCAGGGGCUCGCUCUUCGUCUUCCUCAGACGAGAGUAGGAAGGCAGCAGGCAUGUCUGUGUACGUACCAUCAUGUGCUUGAGACCACAAGAGGGCAGCAUCAUAGCACUGGUGAUCCAACGACAUGUUUGUAUGUACAAUACUGUAUUCUGUUGUAAAAUUCAGAGGUCGACUUGGCUAGCAAUGUUCUUCAGACGAUCAGAUUAGAGUUUGUCGUUGUCAAUGUAAUGAAAAUGCUUGUAGUUUCAUUGCCAUAAACACCCCCUUAUACUGAACUAUCUGUUACUGUUUGUCCUUCUCCUUAACGUAGUGAUUGACCAUCUUCACCCAAGUAUUAGAAUGCUAAUUUGCUACCAACGGUAGCAAUUCUAAUAGAUUAAUUGUAACCGAGUGGCAGGAAU